AUGAGUGGCUUGCAACUCGCCCGUAACUCAGACCACCCAGAGUCGUUCAGCGAUGACGGAAAGGAGAGCGAGUCUGGUAUCCCUUUACUUUACACCGAGAAGGAUGAGGAUUUGGAGCAUCAGUACCACAGUGCCGAUGUCACCCUCUCCAAGUCUCGUGGGCAAUCAUACAUCGAUGCCAUUUGGAUGCUGGUAAAUGUAGUCAGUACUGUUGUUAUUGUGUUCUUGAACAAAAUUGUUUUCUCAGACCCUCAAUUGGGCAAAUGUCAAAUCUCAAUAGCAAUAUGGCACUUCACGGCCACCUCCGGCUUGUUAUACGCGUCGACCAGUCACCCGUUUCGUGCAUUCGAAGCCAUACGGGUGCCUAUACGUCAAGUGCUUCCGAUAUGCAUCUUCUUUGCGGGCUUCCUGCUGCUGGGUAAUCUUUCGCUCGCCUUGAAUGACGUCGACUUUUACCAGCUCGCCAAGAUUAUGACCACACCGACCGUGGUGGCACUGGGCUAUGUGCUGUUCCGGAGGACUAUUCCUGCUUCUGCCUUGCUUGCCGUUGUUAUAACCUGCUUUGGUGUGGCACUGGUGACCGCCAAAAGCUUUCACACCAACACCAUGGGAACUAUUGUCGCCAUUGCAGCUUUCACAGUUACUGCGCUUUACCAGGUAUGGAUCGGCAAGAAGAUUGAGGAGCUCAAUGUUUCACCACCGCAACUACUUCUCAACCAAGCCCCUGUGUCUGUCGUGCUACUAUUGCUGGUUGCACCUUUCGUUGACACGGUCCCGGACUUCAACACUGUGUCCUCUAGCGUUCUAUUCUCUCUCUUUUGUUCCGGCUUCAUAGCCAGCUUACUCAAUUUGUCUCAAUUCUUUAUCAUCGGCCGCACAUCCACCUUGGCCUUCAAUGUCGUAUCCCAGGUCAAGACAAUUCUCAUCCUUGGCAUCAGCUGGGCAUCGACUGGGAAAACCUUAAGUUUCAUCGAGAUUGUUGGCGUUUGUAUGGCUCUGGGAGGUGCAUGGGCCUAUGCACAGACGGCAAAGCGAUCUUGA